UUGUAAGAUCAGUUGAUUAAUUGAUUUAAGCCACUGUUCUACUGUGAUAUUUCUUUGAUCAAUCUUCAUUCUUCAAUUAUUCACUUAUCUAAGCGGCGGCGCUGCGUUUACACUAAGGGCCAAGAUCAUUGCCGGUGCAUUAACUGCAUUUUCGGGUGCAUUAACCUGUUAAGACGAGAGCAAUCAACACAGCUAGAGGUUGAUUGUCAUUCAGUUAAAAAGGUGUAGUGUUUAAUUUAUAAGGUAUAAAAAUGAAUAAAAUUGCAGUUUUUGGAGCAACAGGCCAGACUGGAUUAUGUGUACUGAAAUCAGCAAUUGAAAAAGGAGUGAAAAUCCGAGCACUGAUAAGAGAUCUCUCAAAGUUGCCUACAGAAUACGAAGGGAAGAUUGAUAUAGUACAAGGUGACGUUCUGAACGUAGAAGAUGUGAAGAAGACGUUAGAAGGCCAAGAUGCUGUGAUUGUGGUUUUGGGAACUCGAAACGAUCUUGGUCCAACAACAGUGAUGUCGGAGGGGUUAAAAAAUAUACUUGCAGGAAUGAAAGCACUGAAUAUCAAUGUUGUCUCUGUCUGUCUCUCAGCAUUCUUGUUCAGGAAGCCUGAGGAAGUCCCGCCCAUGUUCCACGAAGUCAAUGCUGACCACAUGAGGAUGUUCAAUGUGAUGAAGGCUUCCGACCUCCAGUGGAUCGCAGUGUACGCGCCUCACAUCGCAGACGAACCCCCAACAGGGUACAUCACCAAGCACGAUGAGCCACCCAACCACAGAAUCAUCUCCAAGUAUGACUUGGGCCAGUUCUUCUUGGAUAGUGUGUCGAUGCCGGAACAUUACCAGAAGAUCGUUGGACUGGCUAGUAACCCCAAAAAGUAGUCGCACCUACGCAAACUAUGUUAGAGAUUCAGUGAUCAAAUGCCUCUUUACAGUUUAUAUUAUUGUUGCGGAAAAAUUUUAAUUUAUAUAUUAUAAAAAAUAGAAUAUGCUCAUUUGUGGUCUGUGGAUACUCCAGUAAACACACGUGUUUUUAUAAAAUUAAUGUUUGACUAUUUUGCAUUUUCAAGGAUAGUAAUGACCAGUGUAUAUUGCAGUUUUUAGGGUUCUAUCAGAUACUUGGAGUGGAGAAUACUAUAUGUAGUAUAAUAAAUUCUUGAUGAUACAGGGUAAUUGAGGAGAUGAUCCAUAACCACGGCUGACCCAGGAUUAUGUCAGUCAAAGCACAUAAAAAUGUAACACAAGCACAAAACCAGCAAUUUGAAUUUAACAAUUUUACAUUCCAAAUCAGUCAAAGUUAAUUAUUGUAACACAAUGUACCAAGGAAAGCCUUGUAAAUCACCAUUCCAAGAAGAAUGAUCAAAUUCAAUCUUUUUAAUUAUUUCUAAAUAAAGAUUCCUAAAUUUAUUCCACUUUUAUGAUCUCUCCUUGAGCAAUAUAUGCCACCCAAAAUAAGAAAUUUGAUUAGUUAAGAAGAAAGAUGGGUAACUGGGAAAGAAAACAAACUUGCACAACCCCGGAUUUCUGAUCCUUAUCUCACCUUCAUGUACAAUUUCAAGAUAUUGUUAAUUUAUAACAAGGUUGAUUCAUCCUGAGAUAAUGGGGAAAGGACCAGAGAUUAGUUACUUUAUUUAGUAGUUUUAACUAUUACUAGAAACGGUUUAUACCAAAGAAUCAAUUGCUUUCCCUACAAAUGAAAAUCGCUUUUUAUUUAAAAAGGGCAAGUUAUGAAUUUAUUUAAUUCAUUUUCCACGAUAUAUGAGCAUAAAGUGUACAUUCUUUGUAACAGCACAAAUAUUAUAAUUAUUUUAUCUUUUUUUAUCAUUAUCAUUCUUUUGUUGUGCCUUAUGUUAGAUUGAACAAUCAAGUCUACAUUUAUUUUAAUUGCAAGUUUAAUAUAUGUUAAAUAAUAUAUAAAUAUUUAAGACUGCCACAGCUAUAAAUUUAGUACUAAAUAUGAAUAAAUGUAUACAUAAUUAUUAAUUCUAUCAUAUUGUUUUACCUUUACUUCAUUACACAGUAAAUGUUAUUAAUGUUUGUCAGUGCUAAUAAAAUAGUUGUUUAUUGGUUAUGUUUGCCAUUUUUGUACCAUUAAAAGCUUUAGGAAGUAUAUGUGAUUAAUUUAAAUGUGUAAGUUGCUAUACGAUUGAAAUAUUAUGAUAGUCAUACAGAGUCUAUAAGUGAAUAUAUUUUUAAAAGAAUUGUUUUUUAUAGCUGAAACAAAUAAAACGAAAUUAGUGACUGUUA